CGCAAAUUGUAAUGUCAAAUUUUUAUUAUCGCAAAAAUUUCAGUCAUUAUUUUCGUAUUUUAUUACGUGAUUACAAAUUAUUCUAAAAAAAUAACAAAAUUCAUGCAAAAAAUAAUUAGGGUGUGUACGCCAAUCGUCGAUUACAGUUGCGGUGGCGACAUUGAGUGUGAUAUCGGGCGAGACGGGCUGCAUAAAUGAAUUAUGUCGUUGAGGUCGAGAGCCCUGGCCCUGGUGGAGGUACUACUGAGGGUGCCACCGCUGUUUGUGGUGGAUGAAUUCCUGAAGAUAAGCCUCGGGCUGCCGGUGUCCGGCGGCGAGGAUAUGUCAAUACUAAUCAACGUGACUAUGGACCACGUCGAUGCCUUCGACACGGACGCCCAUUACUACGAUGCGAAUUUCUACAACGCGUUGUUGUUCACACUGCUGAAAUUUAUAGUAUGCUGUUUAGGCUGUAUGUCAGCGCUGUGCAUAUUCGUAUUGUACACGAAGCACCUGAUCAUCGUGUACCUCUACCUCAUGUCAGUCGGGAUUGUCUUCGUCUCCUACUGGACUAACGUUUCCGCCAUCAAGCAAAUCCAAGCACUGACAUUAGCUACGUCAGCCGCACAGCCCGGCACCAGCAUUUUAGAAGACAUACUCAACUUAAACAUGAAGAAUUUACUUGAUCUCGAUGGACCCGGCGUGUUAGUCAUACAAAAUUUCGCCAUACAAUUCACUUUAGCCGUCCUCUUCAGAAAUGUCCACCUAGGACCUCGACAAGCCACUAUACAAAAGCUGCUCCCGAUUAGCUUUAUGGCCCCGUCCUUUUUAGCAAUGUUGCCAGUUCCACCAAAUUUACUCCACCAUUCCCCAGUGUUCUCGGCAUUGUUGCCGCUCUUUCUCGUCAAAUAUGUUCUCUGGUCAUCGCUGUAUAACGUUAUCCAAGUCAUAUAUUCUGGAUACCAACACGGACGCCUUUUCGUCAGCAACUAUGGUUUAUCAGCAUUGGUCGAAAUGGAAUGGAUGCGACUAAACGUACCGUGUGUUUUGAGAGUGUUCUGGGUGAUGCGAGUGGCUGAACACGCCAUACUUUUACUUAUGGACAAUUAUGAUGACGAUGCCGAAGAAGGCCUUAAAGUAUCUACCCUAUUAGCGGUCCAGUCACUUGCUUCAAUGGCUAAAUCACUUCUAGUCACGGGCUGCGAAACUAUAACGGCUGUUCUGGGUAUGACUUCAGUGAUCUCGUUCUUCUGUCACUACAUUGGCAACUUCUUCCAAUGGAUUCUACUUACGGACGAGGAAGAGGACAAAAGUAUUGGAACUGUAUCAGCAAUCCUCUUUUAUAUCCUAGCAUUGCAGACGGGAUUGACGUCGCUAAACCCAGAAAAGAGAUUUGUCCGCUUAUGCAGAAAUUUCUGCCUGUUGUUCACAGCUCUUUUACACUUCCUGCACAACAUUGUGAAUCCAAUGCUUAUGUCGCUAAGCGCGUCUCACAAUCCAAGCACUCAUAGACACGUUAGAGCUUUGGGGGUAUGCGCCUUUCUCAUUAUUUUCCCCAUAUCAUUACUAGUUUAUCUAUGGUCACAACACACUAUCUCCACGUGGUUACUCGCUGUUAGCGCUUUUAGUAUAGAAGUGAUAGUUAAAGUGAUAGUGAGUUUGAUGAUAUACUCACUUUUCCUGAUCGAUGCGUACAGGAGUACGUUUUGGGAGCAGCUUGAUGAUUAUGUGUACUACAUCCGCGCGUUCGGGAACACGAUCGAAUUCUGUUUCGGCAUUUUCCUGUUCUUCAACGGCGCUUGGAUACUGCUAUUCGAAUCAGGGGGUGCUAUUCGUGCAGUGAUGAUGUGCAUACACGCGUAUUUCAACAUUUGGUGUGAAGCGAGAGCGGGCUGGUCCGUUUUCAUGAAACGGAGGACUGCAGUCAAUAAAAUUAAUUCGUUGAGAGAAGCAUCCGUUGAUCAACUCAGCAUGCUGGACGACGUCUGCGCUAUAUGCUACCAAGAGAUGCAUUCAGCGAAAAUAACCAGAUGCAACCAUUAUUUCCAUGGUGUGUGUUUGAGGAAGUGGUUAUACGUACAGGACAGGUGUCCACUGUGCCACGAUAUAUUGUACAAGAUAGACAGUGACCCGAAUAAAGAUAAUUCAGAUGCAGGGAAUGAGGAAAACAGUAAUAAUCAGAACCUAAUCCUAGAGGAAGAGCCGGAUCUCUUACUGGGAGAAGGUGUGAGAUGACUGCUCGACGAGGACGUGUACCACUUAGAUUAAAUACGAUUUAAAUUCACUAAUUUGAGUGGUAAUUUAAUUAUGUAUAGUAAGUUAUUGUUUUUUUUUAUACAUAAAUCAGGUAAAACUGUGAUUUGAAGUGGUGAGUUGAUUUUGUCUCGUGCUGGAUGAGUAUUUGUUUUUGCUGUGUGUCUCAUGUUGUUAAGCUUAGUGGUUACGCGCUUGUGAACACAUUACUGUACAAUGUUACAAGAUUUCGACUAAAAUUUUCAAGUGCUAACAAAAUGUGGUUCGAACUGUUUUUGAAAAUUAUAUUAUUAGACGAAUUCGAAGCUAUUUGUAAAUAUUAAGGUUGUUUAGAAAUAGCUUUUAAUAAUUGACUGUAACUUAAUAAAAAAAUAUAUAUGUUAUAUAAAAAUAGUAAUUUUUCUCAUAUGAAAAAAAAAAUGUGUAAAUAAACUAUUAUUUUAGCAGUCAUAUUCUUUUCAUUGAGGCGGGUUCAGACGUGGAGAAUUAAAAUACAAUUAUUUAUUUUCAAUAAUAUAUUGUAUAUAAAAUUUGACAGUUUUAACAGUAAAACAAGUAUAAAAUAGUCAAAAUCUGGUCAAUGUUUUUUUUACCGGAUGAUUUUUUUUUGCCGUGCGUCAAAAUAGAUACA